GCUUAUAAGAGAUGCAUUUUCGUGUACUUUAGUUGUAAUCUGACGUCGAAACGAGCGAAACGUUACUUCGAGGCUACAACAUUCGCGAAAUCACGUGUUUUCGUGUUUCAAAAUCAUGAUUAAAUUCGAAUUUAUUUAACAGGUAGGUGUCAAAACCGAACCGAUUAUUCGGCCUUGAUUUUUAUCUGCUAGAAUUUAUGUAUUUUUACGUAUUCGUCAGAAGGCCGAAUUGCAAUUUGUGCGAAUUCGAAUUUUCACACUUGUAAAUUUUUCAAAACGGUUGUUUUGUGAUUAAUUAAUAAACCGUGUGAAUUCGUCGUGAAUGUUUUACGCACCUUUACUUUACUGGAAAUGUGUUGGAAAAUUACCUAUGUCAGCCACGACGACACCGAAUUACGAAUUUUAGCAAUACCUUCUCGUACAGUGAAUAUCAUCGAAAAUGGUAAACCAGGCUUACUGAAAUUUUAAUCGUCUCGUCCGACACACAAAAUAAACACGAAAUGAAUGCAGUGGUGAAUAACGACCUCAUACUGGCUGUUAUUACCUUACUACUAAGUUUUUCUGCUUUCCCAGAAAGUAGAGCAUUAAGACUGAUAAAAGUCGUUGUUCCAGAAUAUAUUUACGUGAAUAAGCCGGCUAGCUUAGAAUGUCAAUAUGAUCUUGAAAAUGACAAAUUAUACACGGUACAGUGGUAUAAAGAUAACGACGAAUUUUAUCGCUACGUACCGAAAUAUGUUCCGCCACAUAUUAGUUACCGAAUCGAUGAUAUUAAAGUCGAUAUAUCAAAUUCUAACGACAAGAAAGUAUCAUUAAAAAAUGUUAGUUUAAUGAUGCGAGGUGUUUAUAGAUGCGAAGUAUCAGCCGAAGCUCCAUCAUUUGCAACAGUUUACGGUGAAGCUCGAAUGGAAGUUAUAGCUUUACCAAAAGAAGAUCCACAUAUAAAUGGGGAAGAAAAAGCGUAUCAGGUUGGAGAUACCAUUAACCUAACGUGUACGUCUGGGAAAUCGUAUCCGCCCGCUCAAUUACGUUGGUUUAUAAACGGUCGCGAGAUAAAAGCGGAUUACCAUACUGUACACGAACACAAUGGUUUGCAUACUGUGAUGACAGGACUUAUACUGAAAGCUGGCCAGGAACAUUUUGUUGAUGGGCAAAUACAAAUUAAAUGUCAAGCUACGAUAUCAGUCGGAAAUCACAGCCUCAUUACUUUACCAGCUCAUCAUAGCAACGUUGCAACGACAUCUUCGAAAUUCGGAUACCAAAGAGAUGCUUUAAUUUCAGUGAGAGGAAGCAGUACUCAAGUGGCAUCUGUCUCGCCGUACUUUAUAUUUUUAUUAAUAUGCAAACUCUUAUAUGAAAUUACCUAAAACCAAGUGAAAAACUUAAGAUUAAGUUAUGUUAAGAAAAUGUGUACUUAUUUUGUAUUAUAAAACAUUGUGUAAAGAUAUUACCUAUUUAUUUAGUGUUUACCUAAAUGUUUCAAUUUGAUUUGAAAACGAAAAAAAAAAAAUCAAAAAAAUGAAAUUUGUAAAAUGAUAAAUCAAUAUUAAACUCUUUUUGUAAUUUCAUCGAGUUAUAUACGCUUAUUGAGAUAUCAGUUUACGAAUUUAAACCUGAAAAAAUUAACUCGAAUAAGGAGAUCAAUGCCUACUAAAAAUUUCGCCAUCGUUAGUAAUUUCAUUAGUAGGUAAACUUUCGAUAACAACGAGGUACGUAAAAAAAAAACUAAACCAAUUGUAAAUUGAAUAGAAGGUUCUUUUUUUUAUACCAUACGUAUCAUAGAAAAAAGUAAAAAUGAAUAAAAGUUUAAUUAAUUUAAAUCAGGUUGAAUUUACUUUUGUUGUUUUUCUUACAUGUUGUUUUUAUUUACCUAAAUGCACCGUGAAUGUACAGUUUAUUAAAUUUUAUGCACUUGAAAAAUUCUGUUAUUUUUUGUAUAUUAAAUAUACGCUUCUUAUUAGUAUUUUAAUUUAUGGAAAGACUUGGCGUUUUUGAAAAAGUUUUCGUAUAAAAAAUACCUAACCUACGUUAUACUAUAACGUGGUGUAUUUGUUUUUAAUGUUUGUGACGUAUAAUAUUGUUUUAAACAGUUCCGUUAAAAAACAAACGAUGCUUGAAGUUGUUUGAAAAAUGAACGUAGACCAAUGUUUGUUGAAUGCUGUAUAUGCUUGAACAAAGCUAUUCUUUUGCAAUAA